AUGGACCCGCCGCUCAAGAGCCCCGGCUCGGCACAUAGGGAUACCUCGCCCAGUCCCCCCGUGCCGAACCGGAUCCGGCGUAAUACAGCCUGCACAAGUUGUCGAGACUCCAAGGUGAAAUGCAAUGCAAGCCUGACGCCGAACAAGCCGUGUCAGCGUUGCGCGAAGCUCGGGAUCCAGUGUGUCAUUGACAAGUCCCACAAGCGCAUAACCAGGAGAAGUAAGCUCGAACAACUGGAGAAGGAGGUCCAGACGAUCAAGAAUGCCGUCAACCCCAGUCCCGUCUCCGCCGCCGGCGUGCUUCCCCCGGCCGCCCUUCCGCUGCCGAGCCCGAGCUCGGCGUAUCCCGCAAGCGCAUUCGCCGACCGGCCGCCUCCGAGUGCCGGUCGGGUGAGUCUCCCUGCGUUGUCGCCUGUUCCUCACUCCCGAACGGCAGAGCAGGUCCCCACGCCGACGUUGACGUCGCACACGACGCCGACUGGACCGCCGCGGCAUCCGGCGCAGCCGAGGGCUUUGGGUUCUAAAGUGCUGUCGAGUGAGGAUAUUGAUUUCUAUUUCGACACCUAUUUUGAACAUUUUCACCCGUACUUCCCUAUUGUACGGUCUCAGGACCCGGAUAAGCUGUACAAGCUGAGCCCCAUACUAUUCUGGACAAUCAUUGCGGUUUCAUCGAGGCGGUAUGCCAAGGAUCCCGGCCUCUUCCAAUUCCUGGUUGAAAACCUACCAAAGGAGGUGUGGAACGCAGUGUCGAACCCGCCGAUAAGUAUAUCGACCAUCAACGCGCUUCUGGUCCUGUGUACAUGGCCGUUGCCGACAAUACGAUUCCUAAACGACCCGUCCGCUUCCUACGUGGCGAUCGCGCAGAACGCGGCGUUGCUGCUUGGCCUACAUACAGGGCGUGGCACCCAUCCUGAAUUCUGCAUUGGACCGAACCGUCAGACGGAUAUCACGGACGAGGAAGCGUGCUUUGCCUGGAUGGGAUAUAAUAUCCAGGCGCAGAGGGUGGCUUCGAGCAAUGGUUUGCCCCCGCCCGCAGGCUUCUUCAAUGAAGCCGUCAACCGGGCCGCCGGUGGCAGGUCUUUGCCUGAUGCGUUGGGGUACUUUGGUCUGUUGUAUGAGAUGCAAAAGUUUUCUAACCGACUUAACCGCACCAUGUUUUCCGUGGCCGAGGAGGGCGAGGGUGUUUCGGACUCCGUCAUACAGUUGUUGGAGGAUGAGCUGAACAAGCUGAGGCAGCUGCAAUCUCGGCACAACACGGACCUGGACCUGUUUACCAUUCUGGCUGUGCAGUUCGAACUCCAGUCAUACUACUUCAUACCCCUGUCUACCGCCGACAAAUCGACCUUCCGCCACAACGUGAACCGCGCAUACAGCACGGCGCAAGCCAUCAUCAACCUCGCCCUGCGCCUCGAGAGCUCCCAGCGGUUCCUGUACCACGCUCCGCAGCACGUCUUCCGCACGGUGCUCGACGCCGCGACGGUCGUCUUCGACGUGCUCCUCUCGGGCCACGCGACGGACCUCGAGCUCGCCAACGCCGAGGUGUCGAUCAAGAACUCGCAGGAGGCGCUGCGCCGGUGCUCCGUGCAGGAGGGCGACUUCGCGAUGCGCGUGCUGCGGAUGACGGAGUCGUACUGGAGCCUGCGGCACAUCAUGCCGCUGCUCGAGGCGCCCAUCUCGCGCUACCCGCACCGGACGGGCGCGGUGCUGGCGUUCGGGACGCUGCGGCGGUGGAAGAAGGAGCUGGAUCAGGCGAGGAUGGGGCAGCAGCAGGGCGGUGGCGCCGGAGGGCAGACGGGCGGAGGGGCGGGAGCAGGAGCAGGAGGAGUGGGAGGGGGCGCGGCGGGAGCGACGCCGGCGGCGACGGAUGCGAAUAACGCCAACGUGUUGCCGACGAGUGAUUUGCUACAGGAUAUCGACUGGUCGAUGCUGAUGGACGACUUUGACUGGACCGCAGGGGGCGCGGGGGAGCCCAACUUUUUGGGGCUUUCGUAG